CUUAAUGUUGUCCAAUCUCGUGGCGUCGCAGACGAACCUCGACAAUGGUCCCAAAGUCUUAGGUCCUGUCUGUGGUGUUGAUGAUCUUUAGAUAUGCUUCUUGUCGAGCUUUCCUCUCCCUUUCCACUUCCACCAUCACCUCCCCCACCACCAACAACAACUACCACAUCCACAUCCACAUUCACUCUAUCUUCGCCAUCGCCAUCCUCGCCACCACCUCCACUUACCACCACUCUUCGUUGUUGUCGGGCUCUGGCGGAAAGGAAUAGGGUUCGGCCUGCUCGUUAUUAUCUCCGAGGUGGUGGAAAAGCUGUUCUCUCGUCGACGUCCUCGAACCAUUCAUUUCUUCAGAGGAAAGCCCAUUAUUGCCCAAAACGAUGCUGCAAGUGGCGUAAAAGCCUUCCCCUCCCAUUCGUCGUCGAGGCUGUUGAACUCCCCACGAAAAAGGUGCUUAUCCCUCAAGAGAAAAAUCGACUGGCCUCCCUGCCGCCUGCAAUUAGCACAAAAAUCCUCACUACUGCAGUCCUAAGCCACAAGAAGCGUUCCGUCUCCGCAAGUCUUGAGCCCUCCUCAUUUGAACAUACAAGACAGCUUCUUCAGAACCUUGAGACCGGCGCAAUACUGGUUUCAUUGUGCUUCUUACCGCCCGUCAUCCACCGCCUUCAACGCCGGUGACAAGGUACCGCAGCGUGUGCUUUAAUCCGACUACACUCUUACCCACAUUCUCUGUCAGCUCGCUUCGUCGAUGCGAUUGACCUUCAAAAAACACUUCAAAGUAUUGUACAACUAGGUACGGACCCAUAGGAAGUC